UUCUAUUCAUCAAUCAAUUAUUUUUAUCAUUAUAAACUAGAGCUUGCUAGCUAGCUAAGCUCACAGGAGAAGAACCAAUGGCCUCCUCCGUGAUGGUCUCCUCCACCACAGCCAUGUCCCGGGCCAUUCCGACUCAAUCCUCGGUUGCACCUUUCACCGGGCUUAAGUCCGCCGCUGCUUUCCCUGUCACCCGCAAGGACAAGACUGACUUUUCCCACCUCCCUAACAAUGGUGGCCGUGUCCAAUGCAUGAAGGUGUGGCCAAUUGAAGGCAAGAAGAAGUUUGAGACUCUCUCAUACCUUCCUUCCCUCACUGACGACGAGCUCCUCAAGCAAAUUGCCUACUUGCUCCGCAGCGGAUGGGUUCCUUGCAUAGAGUUCUGCAAGAUUGGGUUUGUCUACCGUAAGUACCACAGUUCUCCGGGAUACUACGAUGGUCGAUACUGGACAAUGUGGAAGUUGCCCAUGUUUGGGUGCACAGACGCCGUCCAAGUUUUGAAAGAGGUUCGUGAGUGUGAGAAGGAGUACCCAGAUGCCUUCAAUCGAAUCAUUGGCUUUGACAACGUCCGCCAAGUCCAAUGCAUUAGCUUCAUUACCUAUAAGCCCCCAGGUUUCACUGAAUUCGAACGCUAGCUUGUAUGGCUUCUUGGGGGGUUUUGUGUCUUUCGUUUCUUUCAUUUUUUUUUUUUUAGUUUUUACUUUGGUUUUAUCUUGUUUCUCCAACGGGUAUUGACAAUUGUGGACGAUGAUGAUCAUAUGAUGAGUAAUUCAUGCUUUGGUUGGUGAAGAACAAAGUCACGGCGUUUGUUAUGUAUGAAAAACAUAUGUAUUGUUGCUUAUUUUAUAUAUGAUGUGUCGACUUUAUCUA